AUGCUGGUUCCCGAAAGCCAGAAUUCGCGCGAUGCUCGCAUUGAGCAGCUAUGGACCAAGCUCGAUCCACAGAAAAAGGGCGAACUCGAUCUCAAUGGCUUGAGAAAGGCACUGAAAAAUGCAACCGAUAUGCUUAAGGACGUAGUAAAGGCCAUGGACAAGAACGGAGAUGAGGUUAUUCAAUAUGAUGAGUUCCGCAAGUUCGUUGAGAAAACCGAGAAAGAACUAUUUUCCCUCUUCAACUCGAUAGACCGUGAUCACAAUGGGAAGCUGGACAAGGAGGAACUACGCUCUGCGUUCAAAAGAGCUGGGCUGACUGUCCCCAACUCGAAAUUGGAUCAGUUCUUUGGGGAAAUUGACCAAAACCGUGAUGGUUAUAUAACAUUUUCUGAGUGGAGAGACUUUCUACUCUUUCUCCCCACGAACACGAACACUCCACAACUGAAGGAGAUAUUAUCCUACUAUUCUUCUACGAUUACCAUCAACUCGGAAGGUGACACAGCUAUCAGCGAGGAGACUUUAGAGGGAUUAGGUAGAACAACAUUUCUUUCAGCUCUAUUCGGAAGCAUCUUGAGAAUCGCAGAAACGCCAAAACCUCUUCGUUCUGUCCCAACAGCAACCUGGCAACCGGAGGCUAUCUGGGAAGUCACUUCAGGUACACCAGGAGCAGACGACGAUAUGUACAAAGUCAAUGAAGAGCAUCUUUUCGGACCUGGCCCUGAGUCAGAGAGCGACCAGGCAAUCCCACGUUCGACCACAAAAUCGCCAUUUCCGGUAAAACAGCAAGAGCUGGCCGAAGCAACUCUCGAGCUUGACGCGGCCAAGUCCUUCUUGGCGGAGCUCUUACCCGACCCUGGUUAUUUCGCUGCCGGUGGUGUUGCUGGAGCAAUCUCGCGUACUGCAACUGCACCUCUCGAUCGACUCAAGGUCUACUUAAUCGCCAACACCGGACCUGUCAAGACCUCGGUAGACACUCUCAAAACUGGCAAUGCGGUGGCAGCAGCAAAGGAUCUUGGUAGGCCUUUGCUUGAUGCAACCCGAGAGCUAUGGAAGGCUGGCGGCAUGCGCAGCUUGUUCGCCGGUAACGGGUUGAACGUUGUCAAGGUGAUGCCUGAGUCGGCGAUCAGGUUUGGAUCAUAUGAAGCAGCCAAACGAGCUUUGUCCCGGCUCGAAGGCCAUGGUGAUCCUCAAUGCAUUAACCCAUACUCUAAAUUUGUGGCCGGUGGAAUUGGUGGAAUGGUCUCGCAGCUUUUUGUCUAUCCGAUCGACACUCUCAAAUUCCGAAUGCAAUGCGAGACUGUAGCUGGUGGACUACAUGGAAAUGCGCUCAUCAUUACAACAGCCAAGAAGAUGUAUCAACAAGGUGGCUUCCGCUCUUCCUACCGUGGCCUAACCAUGGGUCUCAUCGGCAUGUUCCCAUACUCAGCCAUCGAUCUCGGUACAUUCGAAUUCCUCAAGGGUGUCCUAACUCGCCGCAAUGCAAAAAUCCUCGGAUGCCAUGAAGACGAUGCCCUUCCAGGAUCAUUCGCCACGGGCAGUAUUGGGGCAUUUUCUGGCGCCUUUGGAGCCAGUAUUGUGUAUCCCAUUAACCUCCUGAGAACCCGCCUACAGGCUCAAGGGACUGUCCUGCAUCCUCCAACCUACGAUGGGAUUUGGGAUGUUGCGCAGAAGACCGUCAAAAACGAGGGCUUCAAAGGUCUAUUUAAGGGCAUCACGCCAAAUCUCUUGAAGGUCGUGCCAGCUGUCAGCAUCACUUAUGUGGUUUAUGAGAAUGCUAAGAAGGUCAUGCAUCUCAGAUGA